AUUUGUAAACUCUUUUUUUUUUGUAUAACAAUAGAUCAAACUUCCCGAAAAGGAUUGUUACGCUGAUUAUAAGUGGGGAAAAGAGACUUCUUCCCUAUCAAGCCAACUCUGAUUCCUCCCGCGUCCGUCUCAGGCUGCUAUGGAGACGGGCCACAAUGGCUACAAAUUGCGGUGCGAGCUCACUGGCCACGAGGACGACGUUCGGGGAAUUUGCGUCUGCGGAAAUGAGGGAAUUGCCACUUCGUCCAGGGACAAAACUGUGCGGUUUUGGAAUUCGGAUGGACGGAAGUAUGUAGAAUCGAAAAUCUUGCUGGGGCAUACGAGUUUUGUGGGUCCUUUGGCUUGGAUUUCGCCAGAUGAGGAGUUUCCGGAGGGGGGAAUUGUGUCCGGUGGAAUGGAUACACUCGUCAUUGUUUGGGACAUGAGGACGGGUGAGAAGGUGCAGACUCUUAAGGGCCAUCAACAGCAAGUUACUGGCAUUACGUUGGAUAAUGGUGACAUUGUGUCAUCCUCCGUUGACUGUACUUUAAGGCGAUGGAGAAAUGGCCAAGUGUUGGAGUUUUGGGGUGCUCAUAAUGCUGCAAUUCAAUCAGUUAUAAAGCUUCCAUCAGGCGUGCUGGUCACAGGUUCAAGUGAUGCAAGUUUGAAGCUUUGGAGAGGGAAAUCAUGUUUGAAGACACUUUUAGGACAUACAGAUACUGUUCGAAGUUUAUCAGUGAUGUCCGAUCUGGGAGUGCUAUCUGCAUCUCAUGAUGGUUCCAUUAGGUUAUGGGCACUAAGUGGUGAACCAUUGAUGGAGAUGGUUGGUCACACUUCCAUUGUGUAUUCAGUGGAUUCACAUGCUUCCGGACUCAUUGUUAGUGGGAGUGAAGAUUGUUCAGCAAAGAUAUGGAAAGAUGGUAUUUGUGUCCAGAGCAUUGAGCAUCCUGGUUGCGUUUGGGAUGCCAAGUUUUUGGAAAACGGAGAUAUUGUCACAGCUUGUUCCGAUGGAGUAGCACGUGUCUGGACUGCAGAUCAGGAAAGAAUUGCUGAUCCCCAAGAAUUGGAGUCAUUUGCUUCCAGACUGUCUCAGUAUAAGUUGAAGAGGAAGAGGGUUGGAGGAUUGAAACUGGAAGAAUUACCUGGGAUGGAUGCUUUACAAAUUCCAGGAACCAGCAAUGGACAGACAAAAGUUAUUAGAGAGGGAGAUAAUGGUGUUGCUUAUUCAUGGAAUUUAAAUGAUUACAAAUGGGAUAAGAUUGGUGAAGUUGUUGAUGGACCUGACGAUGGUGGGAGGAAACCUGUUCUUGAUGGAGUCGAAUAUGAUUAUGUGUUUGAUGUUGACAUUGGAGAUGGUGAGCCUAUUCGCAAAUUGCCUUACAAUUUAGCAGAUGAUCCAUAUACUGCUGCUGACAAGUGGCUUCUCAAAGAGGAUCUUCCUCUCGUCUAUCGGCAACAAGUGGUUGACUUCAUACUUCAAAAUUCUGAAAAAAAGAAUUUUGUCCUUGAUCCAUCAUUUCGGGAUCCUUACACUGGCUCUAGUGCUUAUGUGCCUGGUGGGCCUUCAAAUGUUUCAGCUGAAUCUCGGAAACCUAUUUUCAAGCACAUCCCUAAGAAAGGGGUCCUUGUCUUUGAUGUUGCUCAGUUUGAUGGGAUACUAAAAAAGAUUGUUGAGUUCAACAAUGCGCUGCUUGCUGAUCCGGAAAAGAAGAACUAUGCCUUGCCAGAGCUUCAGGUUUUGAGACUCAGUGCUAUUGUCAAAAUUUUGAAGGAUACAUCACAUUAUCAUUCUACCAAAUUGGCAGAUGCUGAUGUUAUGUUGUUAUUGAAUUUGCUCAGAUCAUGGCCUCGUGAAUCAUUGUUUCCAGUUAUUGACAUGCUACGGAUGAUUGUUCUGCACCCUGAUGGAGCAAUACUGCUUUUGAAAUUUAUUGAUUCUGAUGGUAUUCUUCUGGAACUGAUUCAGAAGGUUACAAUGGCACCAGUGAUUGCUGCAAAUAUUUUGACAAGCAUACGACUCAUAGCUAAUCUAUUCAAGAAUUCUGGGUAUUACAACUGGUUGCAGAAACAUCGUAGUGAGAUUCUUGAUGCAUUUUCAAGUUGUUACUCAUCUGCUAAUAAGGCCGUACAACUAUCUUUUUCAACACUAAUUCUCAAUUUCUCUGUGUUGUUGAUUGAUGAGAAGGAUCUUGAUGGUCAGGGUCAAGUUCUUUCAGCUGCACUUGAGAUUGCAGAAGAGGAAAAUCUUGAAGCUGAUUCAAAGUUCAGGGCCUUGGUUGCCAUUGGAUCUUUGAUGGUGGAAGGGGGCGAUGAUAUCAAAAGAACCGCAUUGGACUUCGACGUAGAGAGCAUUGCCCAAAAAGCAAAGACUUCGAAAGAUGCCAAGAUUGCUGAAGUUGGGGCUGAUAUUGAACUGUUGAUAAAAGAAAGAUGACUUGGUACUCUUCAAUUGAUUAGAUCACUAGUUCUGCUUUUCAUUUUUCGCCGUAGUUUAAACCAAUUGAGUCCAACAGAUACCAAUGUCGGAUCUGAACUAGAUAGAAAACGGUGCUCAUUUAGAGCCGUGCUGGCACCCCUUUAUUCAUGAGUAAUAGAAGAUGCGGGCAUGUUAAUACUUUUAAAUCAAUCAAAUAACUAUUACAUCACGUGUUUGACA